GAGCUCUUUUGACUAGAGCCAUCCGGAACUGGAACAUGUCUGGAUCCAUAGCUAAUGAGCCAACUUACAGCAACUUCCACAUCCUCCACGGGAGCAGGGAGGAUGACAGAAUCUACAACAACUUCAGCCUCCACUGGCAGCGCAGCAACCAGCAGGGGGAAUUUCCAGAUUGUGGAAAGGAGAUUCCGUGUGGAGGAUGGUCUAUUUGUCGGGGAAAAGCUGGUUUCCUCUUCCUGAUUCUGGGUAUCAACUUCUUUGUGACUUUUGUCCUGCUCGUGGUUUGUUAUUCAAGCAUCUCAACAUUACAAGGCAAAAUGGAAAAUCUGAACAAAUCUCUGGCUAAUUUCAGCAAGAUACAAGAUGCUACCUCAACAUUACAAGACAAAAUGGAAAAGCAGAGCGAAUUACUGACUAAUCUCAGCACGAUGCAAAAUGCUAUCUCAACAUUACAAGACAAAAUGGAAAAGCAGAGCGAAUUACUGACUAAUCUCAGCACGAUGCAAGAUGCUAUCUCAACAUUACAAGACAAAAUGGAAAAGCAGAGCGAAUUACUGACUGAUCUCAGCACGAUGCAAGAUGCUAUCUCAACAUUACAAGACAAAAUGGAAAAGCAGAGCGAAUUACUGACUAAUCUCAGCAUGACGCAAGAUGCUACAGUAUUUGUUCCAAAGUGCCCCAGAAAUGGAUGUUUGCUUCAUGGGAAAUGGUAUUACGUUCCAUCGAAUCGCUUUAACUGGACAAAUGAAUUCAGUCAAUUGAAAAGGUUUCUCCUUUUAGUGAUCAACAAUGCAACACAGCAGGCUUCCAUUGAGAAGACCAUUGGUAACACAACGCAUUGGAUUGAGCUAAUGCCAAGUAAUGAAACUGUCACAGAAAGGCCCUUGGUACUCCUUGAAUCCAAUAUCUCGAAACAAUGCAAUUAGUUCCUGAGGGAUGGAACCUGGACUGAUGCGUCAUGUAAAGAGGAUUGCGAGUAGAUCUGCCAGAUGCCAUUGAAGGAAUAUUUACCGAGCAAACUAAAUACAAUGGAGGCCCACUUUUGUCAACAAAAGAAUCCCACAGACUGGAGGAGGAGACACACACUGAAUCUGUCAAUCUUCGAGCUGACAUUCAUUUCACUUUGGAAAACAUGCCUAUUCAAUGCCCAUGCUUCCAACUGACUUUCCAUAUCAAAGCGAACAAGCCCGUGGUUUGACUGCUCUCAACUUAAAUUUAGCCGAGCCCCUUAAACCCCCUUCCAGUCCUAUCCAAUCCAGUGAAGGGCAGUGUAAGAGGUCACCAAAAACCCUCUUUCAUUGCCCCCCCCCACAACGUUGUAGCUGGCUGCAUUAACCAAACCAAGAA